AUGGAAUUGGGUGCUCUUCUAGAUCCUGGUAGUUCUCUUAAAGUGGACAAAUCUGUUAUAUUAGUUGAUGCGGCUCGAAUGGCAAAGAAGAACGAGCUUCGUGACGAGAAACAGAGGCUAAAGACAGAAAAGGAGAACCUAGAGCGACAAGUGAAAGCACUGAGUGCUUCACCAACCUUCCUGCCUCAUCCUCCUACCAUUCCAGCUCCAUUUUCUGCCCAAGGCCAAGCUGUUGGCAGCAAUCCGAUGCCCUUCGUUGGCUAUCCUAGAAUUUCUAUGUGGCAAUUCAUGCCCCCUACUGUUGUUGAUACCUCUCAGGAUCAUGUUCUACGCCCUUUAGUUGCUUAA